ACAUGAUACAUAUAUUGAAAAUGUUGGAAAGUAUUGAGUGAGUCCUGAGCUGUCAUCAUUUUAUUCAUGCCAAAAGUACGUUACUGUGUGCACAAGUCGCGAUGACCGUUUAUAAAUAAUAAAUUAUUUGCGACUUUCUCUUAAUUGUAAUAACAUUGUUUUUGUUAACUAUAAAUCUACGAGUGUAGUGCUAAAACGAUCACUAGUGUGAAGAGAAAACUAAGAAAAAUUGGGAGAUGUCGUUGGGCUGGGGUAGCCUGCCACUUCUUCCACUGAGGUGUGUUCUGGACCACCUGAGCACGGAGGAUGCACUGGCAGCGAUGUCGACAUGCCACCACUGGCGCAGUGCUGUGUUGCUCUAUGAAGGAAGGAAGGAAACUUUGAAGCUGAUAACGGGCAGCAUGGAAAGAAACAUGUUCCUCGCGCGGAUAUUCAGGAAACACACGAGGAAACUGCACAUAUUCAUAGAGCAUGAAGCAGAAUUGGAUAAGUUCAUCACAUUUGUACUGCCACAAUUUUUUGAUUCCGUAAAGUUAAGCGAAAUAAUAUUCAUAGGACCAAGCUACGUGCGGAGUCAACACAUAUCCGUUGUUAAACUGAAGAGAAUAUUAACAGAAACGUUGGUGUUCAAACACGCGAACACUUUGAAAAAGUUAGCGUACCUAGGCUGUGAGCUGGACACUGGCAAGAAUGACCACGACAGAUAUACACACAAGCAGAUAGAGUACUACUCGCGCCCUCUGUCGUUCAGUGGCGUCAACUCGCCCGCCGACGCGGUGCUGUCGCAAAACAACAUUGGCAUCAUGGCAUUCUCCGCUUUAAAGCACAUAAUCGUAGACUACGAACGGAUAGACACGUCGACGCUGGAGACGCUGUCCCGACUGAACAACUUCCGUCAGUUGUCCUUGAACAUCGUGUACAAGAAGCAACUGAACCUCAAGCCGAUCGACUGGCAUCGGCUGCAGAAGCUCUACCCCAGGGAGCUGGACGUGGCUGUGAACAUUAUUGCGAUGCCGUUCAGGAAAUUCAACGACGUGAUCGAGAACGUACUAGUGGAGGGGCUCCCGCUAACCUCCAUCAAAGUCAUGUUUUGUAAAUCUAUCUACACGGCGCUGCUGGGCCACGUGGCGCGGCGGUACCCGGUGUCGCUGCGCGAGCUGGUGUGGGCCGACGCGCCCUACGACUCCGCCGACGAGGGCCUCCGCCACGUGCGGCCCGUCCGGGACCUCAUCGAGCAGGACACGUACAAUGUGAACCCGUUCAUACUGCUGUGCUGGCAGUGCAUGCAUUUGCAGCGGCUCGUCAUACACGGCUACUGGGUAUGGCAGUACGAUCUGCUCGGUUUCGUGCGCCUGCGCAAGGGUCUGACGCAGCUGGAGGUGUCGGCGGUGUACAGUCGCCAGGAGCGGUUCUGCGGCACUCCGCGCCGCUGCGAGGAGGGCGUCGUGCGUGUGCUCGCGGGCGAUGCGCCUGCGCCUGUCGAUCAUCAGUUUUUGGAUCAAGUGAGCGCGUACACGGAGCGUGCGUGGGCGCCGGUGGCGUGGCGGCGCCUGCCCGCCGGCCUGCGCGCGCGCGCCGCCGCGCCGCAGCGCCUGCACUACGCGCUGCACGAGGCCGCGCACCCGCUCGGCGUCACGUAAGCGCACUCCACCACCACCACCACCACACCCGCGCUCUGAACAUUCAUACAAACAUGCCACAUACUGUCUAGACAUUUUUGGACCUUAACAUCACAAUGUUCUAUAAUUGACAAGGGUCAUGUUUACUGUACCCCAAAUGUGUCUCGUCGAAAUAGGUUGUAUGAAUAUUUAGAUUGUGGUUUAUCGGUUAUAUAUCGACAUAUAUCUUGAGUGUUCGACAUAAAUGGAUGACAUUUGACACGCACCAACAAAAUAACUACCCAUAAAGUAUUUGGCACGGGAGAAUGUAAUUUUGAUAAUAUUUUCAUUUCACAGGUAUCGAUUAAUAGUAUUAAGUCUAGCCUAUUACACUCCUUUAUCGAAUAAAAAAACAGUAAUUAACAUUUGUUUGAAGUCGGGUAAAAUUAAUUUUGUGCGUUCGUGCUCAAGAUUUACGUCGAUAUUUAACAAUGCGUCUGUCAAGCGGGGUCUCUUCACCCUACAGUGUAGAAUCGACACGUUUGUUACGAUAUUGCUAGAAAUAUUUCCAAACAAACACAUUUGUUAUACUUGAGAUAUGCUAAUGGCAUGAAUAUGUAUAUUUUAGAAUGGAAUCGUUUUCCUAUUUGCAAUGCAAUGGAAGUGUUUAUUUAUUACAUGAGGUGUGAGACAUUUGUAAAAAUGUUUGAUAAUAUGGGUUCACAAAAACUUUUUUCUAAAAUAUCUAAAGAAAUCUAACAAAGUGCCUCGAUAUUGUACAAAGGAAAGCAACAAGGAAAACCUCUUGAUUUAUAAAAGGCCUUGGACAAGCGUCCAAAAAUAUCGAUAUUUUUUAAUAUAUCGAUAACACUAGUCCCUGCAUUACAAUUUUUAAUAUAAAUCUAUUUGCAGUUUAUACUUAUAAUAUACAGGUUAUUACUAUUCGUAACAAACGUGUUGAAAGCAAACAAUAUUUCUAUAGUUAAUUGGAAAUGAGGAAAAAUAAUAUAUCGAUAAAGGUAAAUCGUAUUAAAAAUGCUCAAUAUAUUCAUAUCUCUUUUAAAAUCGUUUGUCUUCUUUUUAUAACUGCAAUGUGUAUUUAUUUUCCUUAUUUCCAAUGAUCGAAUAUGUCUUUCCAUUUACAAUAAUGUUUGCUGCAGACAACCAUGUAUUAUCUGGGCAAAAUAUUUUGAAUAUUCAAAUGUAAUUAAAGUCUAAAUUCGUUUGAAUCUAUAAAUGAUGUACUAUGGUGUUGUCGUACAUAAAAUGACUUAGUGCUAUAACGCACUUGUUCUAUAAGCGUUCGAUGAGAUCUGAAUGCUUACUUUUUUAAAUAUUGAACGUUACUCUUUUAUUAUGUCACCAAAGCGUCACCGCUUUAUAUCGUAUUGGAUAAUAAUCGAUUUUGCUAACCAUUUUGGAUGCUUUAAUUUAGAUGUCGGCGAGCGAAAUUUCUCUACUACUUAUAUACACACAUAGUGUUAGUAGUACAUAGGCAACGUGGUUAAACUUUUUGCGGUCAGAUUUUACCCAUUAAUCGAUUUAAAAUAUCGAUAAACUUAUCGAUAAUAGAAUCAUCUGCUACACAAUGUCAAAUCGAUUAAAGUUUUACCCAAUAUAUUUUAUAACUUGACAAAUAUAAAAAAUGCUUGAUCGCAAAAAGUUUAAGCUACGUUCAAAUCAUUUAACCAAUGAUAGAGAAUGGUUUAAAUCUAACAAGUUGUCUACAAAUAUUAAAAUAUAUACUGCAUAUUGUCUAAGCGUAUUUAUGUAUAUAAAAUCAUAAUUUUAGUACGCAAUGCACUUUUGUAUCCGAAUUCACGAGAAUAUGUUUACCUUCAUUGCAUUUUGCUGUUAUUUUGUAAACGACUUGUAUAGAUCGGUUUGAUAUUUGGCGGUCUUCUGUGGCGAUGUUUUAGUGUUUUAGACUCUAGUCUCUAAUAUUUUAUCGAUAUUCUAGUUCUAAAUUGCUAUGAAGUGUAAAUCUAGAGUAGCCAAUGAAUAAUAUAUACUACGCAUUUUUGAUAUUUCAAAAAUACGGUUAACAUAGAAUUCGAUCAAGAAUGUCAAUGAAAAAAAAAUGGAUAUUCUGUGAACAUUUCAUAUUUGAAAAAUACCGUAAACAUAGAAUUCUAAAAGUCAUGGAAGCCAGCUUUAAGUUUUAUAAACGAUUUUAAGUGAUACUUGUAUUUUGGAAUUAAAAAUAUCGAAUUGCCAUAGUUAAUUAAAAAAAACUACAUUUUCAAAUCGCGUCUCCAUCUUUCACUUGCCGAUUACGAAUACUAAAUAUUCACCACAGAAGACCGCCGCAGGAUAUUGUUAUGUUUAAUUAAGAAAAAAAAAAGUGGUAUGGGUAAUCCUAGAUGUUAUAGAUUCAUUAAAUUUUUAAAUGUAUUACGUAGUUGUAAGUGAUCGUUUAUGUAUCAAUGUUUUAUGAAUAUUUGUCUUUAAAAUUUUAAAUGGGUAACGUGGAAGCACCUUCCGACACAAAUCGGUUCAUUGAUAUGUUUAAAAUGGCCUAAAAUGUCUGUACAAAUAAAAAGAAAAGGUUUUUAUCGAUUAUAACGCAAAUGAAUUAAUUAUAUACAGCCACGUGCCGACAGAAAGGAUUUACAGAGACUUGCUGCCUUAAUAAAACUGUUAAAAAGUCAAAUUAUCGAUUACUUACUAUUGUAUUAUAAAUGAAGAUAUAAAUAGAUCACACUGCGAGUCCUUUCUUUCAGUGAACAAUUUCUAUACGCAAUUUUUUUCUUAUGAAACAACUUUAAAGUUCCUGAAUAAUUUUAAUUGCAUUAUUUCAAUAACGAAACCUAUAAAUCAUAUUUAUAUUUAAUGUAUUAUUCACGAUUAAUAUUUAUCGAUAUAAUUCACUGCUUGUACAUAGCUCUCAAAAUGUAGCAAUUUCUACUGAAGCCAAAUAAAAUAUUUAGUAAAAGUAUGAAAAGUGAUAGACAGCGCAUGUAAUUAUAUAAAAUCACUUUACCAACGUUUAUACUUGAUCAUUUUUAUCGAUAUCGGUUAGUAGUUGAAAUCGAUACUAAUUUUUGGUAUCGAUUGUGUUAAAAUCGACCGGUCGGUGAAAUUGACACACGCUAUUGUCUCCCCACCUUUCCGAAUGAAAUCUUUAAACAAAAUGUAAAUUGAUUUAAAACAUAAUUGCUUUAAUGAAUUUUUCUUAGUGGUAGAACUGUAUUUUAUAGGGAACAUUGAGAAAGGCCGAAUGAUAUGUUUACUGGCAACAUCUCUCAAAAUCGCGAAUUUUUAAUGUAGUUGUAAUAAAUGCAAUGUUAUAAAAAUGCGUACACAACGUGCUGUCGCUAAAUCUACUUAAUGUUCGUAUUUUCAUCGAUAUAAUAAUCUAUAAACAUCGAUAAAUAUCUCACAUAUCUAACCUUGUAAUAUACAUUGGAUAAAUCAAUCAAUGCAAAUCUUAUGAAUUAAUUUUAAUUGAACUGAGAAGAUUUAGUGGCAACGAGUUCGAACUGUCGCACACUUAUCAAAGAAAUAUAUGAAACGAUCGCACAAAAUCGCGAUCCAAAUUAAACGUUAAACUAGUGUGGAUGUUUUAUUACAAAACUAUAGUUAAAUAUGAAAUAUAAUGUGAUUGUGAAGUACUUGUGAUAAUAUUGACAUUGAAAGUUAGACCUUAUGUUAUUCUGUAAAACGUCCACACUGUGUCACCGCGGCAGUACGAUGCUAUUGUAUCGAUAAAUUGUAAACAUCGUAUCUAGUCAAGGGACCCGUUAUUGUAAAUAUCAACGAAACGCGCGAACGGGUUUGGAACAUUCGAACAUUGCACAAAACUAAUAACAAAAAGUAUUACAAAUACAUAAUUGAUAUCAACUUAUAGCUUUAAGAAUUAGCUCGCGAUGCUGUAUCAAAUACAGUGAGUUUGUUACACUAAGUGCCACUAAUCAAAUGCAUGCGUCAUUGACGUGACAACGAGACGUUAUAUAUUUUAUUACGAGUAGGAACACCAAUAGAUCGUGACGUGGUGAGCAGCUGUUAUGAAUCUGUGAAGGAAUAUCUCAAUUAUUUUAAGUAUCAACUGAAACUAAUGUUGUGCGAAAAAUUAUGUGUUUUACAAUUAAGAGUAUCGAAUCAUUUGACGAACGAUGUUUUAUCGAUAUCGACAUGUACGAUUAUAAGCAAUACUAGUUUCGAACAUGAACGAUUUACCACGGUUGUUUGACAUGAACACCGUUAUGUGAAAUUAUCAAUUCGACGAAUUUGUUUCCUUUGAGCCAACGUGAAUGAAAUGUACACGCACCGCUGCAGUAUUGUAUCGAUAGAAACGACAAAAAAAUAGUCCGUCCCCAGCGUUCUCAAUUGCAUUUUGAAGGUAUAGACUGAACAUCGCUUCAUACCGUGACAUCGCUCGCUUUAGUCGAUACGGCCCGUAGGUAGUCGGCCGAUUAUUCACAAUGUCACGAUGCCCAGUUUUUCAUUGCCAUUGAGAUGAAGCAUUUAUCGACUCGUCAACGUGUCAUACAUCUCUGUUACCUUUGUAAUGAUCUGUUCACACAUCGUUUAGUGUUAUUAACAAUAAAAAACUGGGUGUGAAGUUACAAAGCGAUAUAAAACAAACUGUUAAUAUAUAUCAAAGUAUAAUCCUACGUGUUUGAAUAAUAUCUAACGAUAGUCACGCACAAACGAUAUGUGAUCAUAAAUAUGAAUCAAAGAAGCCUUUAAAGUAGUACGAACAUACAUAAAUAUAAUCGAUUCUAAUUCCAAAGUAUUUUCAACUUAUUAUAGUAUUAAGGCCGUUAUAAAAGGCCGAUAUAAAAAUUGUUGCUUCAAAUAGUUAUUAGAACUAAGUACUUCUUGUAGAUACUCACAAAAUAUAUUGAAAGAAUUUUAAAAUAAUUUCCUUAAAUAUUUUUUAUGACAAUUUAUAAAAACGUUCGACGCGAAUGAACAUAUAUUUUGUAAGGCAACGAAGAGACUUACCAACAUACAUUCCCUGAGACUGAGAAACGUAUAGAAAGAGGCUAAGAUCAAUAACAACAAUAACAUAAUGUUAAGAGCUAAAUAUGUAUAUGACAUGGUGUCAUUCCAAAUGUAUUAUUUUAAAUGUUAUAGCACGAGACAACAUGACGUAAAUUAAGAGCUAAACAACAUCAUUCAUUCCCGCCUCUUAGUUAUUUUGUUACCAUUGUUAUGAACUCUGUCCCGUCAGCUAGCGAACCAUCGAUACUACCAAAUACCCAAUUAUGGGAAAUAACUAAGAAUAAACCAUGUGCCAUCAACAAAAUCGCGAAGGACAGAGUUGAAUUAACAAUUUUAUUAUAAACCACCAAGACUCAAUAAGGCUGUGAAACAACUCAAAUUCGGUUUGGCAUCUGUGUCUUAUGAAAUAUCAAAUUUUAAAUAGCAAACUGAAAUUAAUUAUUGUAAACAAGUCUUAGAAACUUCGGUGAGUCGACUAUAAAAAGAAAUCUCAUCAAAUUCAUGACAAUUGACAAGGUUUAGGUUGUCAUACUGCAAGAGGGUAUUUGACUUAUUUUUAAUUAAAACUAGUAGAAAUUAUUGAAAUCUGGUGGAAAAUCUACAAGUUAUAAGCCAUUGAAAUUAGGUAGUAGAGAUGAGUCUCAAAAAACAGAAAAGGGAUGAUAUACUUGCAUGUGACGUCAGCGGGCAUUACAAUGCGUGCGAAAGAAAGAGAUGGAGCGAUAUUCCUACCGUACGCCUUCUUCUGCACGUAGCAAUAUUUGAAAUUUUAAUGCUGUUUUCACAGAAGGAUUUCUUUUUGUACUUAUUGCUGUUACAUAUUAACAAAAUUCACAAAAUCAAAUAGUCAAGUACCCUAUUUAAAUAUUUAUUGAUACAAAAAUUUUCUUGUUCAUAAUUUGAAAUCUGAUUCGCCGUCGUUUUUAUGACUUCUAUGGUUGGCUCGCUCGAUUUUUUACAUAUAUCGAAAUCGCAAGUCCAAGCACCAAAGGUUCGCUAAACCGAAUUGCCUAGAAUUAGAGCAAAAUUGUUGUACUUAUCCAUCUAAUAGUGUUAUAAUGAAGGGGAAUGUCGAGGGAGAUCGAAGUGAUAAUGUUAUAACAGCUGAUUGUACAGGGGCCCACUUCAGAUGUUUGUUUGUUUGUGAUUUGAAUUUGAUACAAAGUUAUAGUAAGUGGACCUCGGUAUUGUGAAAUAUUUUUGAGAGUUUAUUUGUGUUUUAUUAUAUGAGAUCUGAUAAUGUUUUCGAUGUGUUAAUUCAAUCUUUGGAUGUCAAUACAAUCUUUAUGUAUACAUGUAUGUACUAUUGAUGUUUUCCGUUUCACGUUUAUAUGGAGUGUGAUUGCAUCGUAGCUUUUGCAUGAUUAUCAAUACGUACACAACUAUAGUGGACGUGUGACGGUGUAAUAAAUUAUGUACAAUCCCAUUUGCCUUGACUGCUUUGAUUGUUAAAGUAGAUAUAGAUAUAUUGCAUAUAUUUAGAGAACAAUAGAGAUAACAAUAUAUACAAAGUUUUGCAUAUAUUUUGGUGCGGGUUUCCUGUUUUUGUUAAUUCUAAUCAUAGUUUUCAUGAUCUGUGAUCGUCGCUGUUUAUACGGUGUUAUGUUUUAAAAUUGUCUUUUGUGUUGUCAUUGUUUAUUUCAACCGCAUCAAAAUAUUAUUUACAAAUAUAAAAUACAACGGACCCGUACUUAUAGUAUUUUGUCGAUGCGAAGUAAUUUUAAUUCGAUAUAUUGUCUGAAACUAUAUCAUUACAUGUAUGUCACGUUUAAAUAUAUUCAUGAUAUGUGUAGUAAU